AUCCCAUUCAAUUAAAUCACGUGCGCGGCCAAAAUACGCCAACGCUGUUACGUGGUCAUCUGGUUCAAGUUUCUCUCUCAACCCUACGCCUGUUUCCGGCUAUCUGCUUCACCGGCGCCGAUUUCAUCCAUCCUCACUUCUCCUUUGCACAUUCUCGCGUUUUACUUCGUACAAAAAUUUGGGGUUUUAGGUAUCUAUCUAUUGAUACACUCAUCGCCACCAGUUUUUGAUGCAUUGAGUUUACAGAGCAAAAACAAUCCCAACUCCGUUCCGCCAUUCUUUUCCACGGUUCUUAUUCGUACAUACACCACAGGCAUUCAUGGCGAUGGCUGACUGGCAACAGUAUACACAAUCAGUGGUUUUCGGCCUCGUUUUCUCUUUUCUUCUUGCCAAGCUCUUCUCGAGAAUCUUCUCUUUCGGAGAUGAAAACCCCCGUAUAACUCACGCUAACCCUAGCGAAGAACAACCGGACGUAAUUCCAUCCGAACCCCAUUGGAAAUCGGCAGAAGAAGAUAAAAGAUCAGACGCGGAGUUCCCAAAGAAACAUAUCAGUAGCACCGAAAAAGAGUCGUUGGUUGAUCAACCAAAGAAAAUUGCUGCGACUGGUAGUGAUAGCGAUGACGACUGGGAAGGUGUAGAGAGUACGGAAUUAGACGAGGCGUUUGGUGCCGCCUCCGCAAUUGUCGCGGCAAUCACGGCGAAUCGGUCGUCGCGGAAGGUUUCGAAUGAUUUGAAGUUGCAGCUUUAUGGAUUGUAUAAGAUUGCAACCGAGGGUCCUUGUAAUGUUCCUCAGCCUUCUGCCAUCAAGAUGUCUGCUCGAGUUAAAUGGAAUGCAUGGCAUAAACUGGGUGCUAUGCCUACAGAAGAAGCAAUGCACAAGUAUAUUGAAAUUAUUACAGAGCUUUACCCUACUUGGAAUGAUGGGUUAAAAUCUAAGAGAAGAGACGGGGAUUCUAAUGAACCAAUGGGGCCUGUUUUCAGCACUCUUAUACACGAAGAAUCUGGAAAUGAGUUAAAACUGGAUGCUAUACAUGACUUUGCAAGAGAAGGUGAUAUGAAGAAUUUGCUCAAAUGUGUUGAGAGUGGUGUUUCUGUAAAUACAAAAGAUAGUGAAGGUCGAACAUCUUUGCAUUGGGCUGUUGAUCGUGGGCAUAUUGAUGUUGUACAAUUACUAUUGAGCAUGAAUGCUGAUGUAAAUUCAAAGGACAAUGAAGGUCAAGCAGCAUUGCAUUAUGCUGUUGUUUGUGGGAGGGAAGAAAUUUUAGAGUUACUUGUGAAAAGAAAUGGUGGAGGUGGAGGUAUAAAAGAUGAUGAUCUAUCUAUCUGAUUCAAAUUGGCCCUGUAUCCAACCCUAGUUAAGUUAACUCUACAUAUGGGUAAUAGGAAGUUAUUUUGUUGAUUUUUAGUAAUUGUCACGUUUAGGUAAUUAAUUCACUGUGUUUAUGAAUGGGUAGUUUAGUUAAUAGUUAUGUUAUUACUUAUUAGUGUCUGUAAGACUUGUUGCUUGGCUAUGAAGUCAAGUAGCAUAUGUUAUGUGGAUC